AUGGCCACAGCUCCAGUUGUCAGGGUGGGCGUUGCCGCGAUUGUGCAAGAUGCGCAGGGACGCAUGGUCACUGGCACUCGCAAGGGCUCGCACGGCCACGGACAGUGGCAGUUCCCCGGCGGCCAUCUCGAAGUUGGCGAGAGCUACUUUUCGUGCGCCGAGCGUGAAACACUUGAAGAGACGGGGCUCGUUGUGAAGGCGGAGAAGUUCCUAGCCUUGACCAACGAUGUCUUUAGUGCGACGAAGCACUACAUUACCAUCUUUGUGUUAUGUCGCAGGGCUGAUGAGGCUCAAGAACCGGAGGUUCUAGAGCCUGAGAAGUGCGAGAGCUGGAAAUGGCGGUCCUGGGCUGACGUCAAGGUUGCCAUUGCGGGGGGCGACGAGACACCCCAAGUUUUUCUGCCCAUUGUCAAUCUGCUCAAGGAUCACCCUGAGAUCGAAACGCUGGUCGGGGAUAGCCGUUAA